AUGGAGGGCCAGAGUGUAGUUGUGAUCCAUGAUGCAUCUAGAGAACUCAAUUUAAGAGUUUUUGAAUGGACUCUACAUGGCUUGUUACUUAUGGCAGGAGAUAUGCUCACACUAAUUGUAGUCCUGCACGAGGUCAUCACUCCUAUGGGAUACAAAAGCAGUGUUGACAGCAGGUUAAUGUCUGGGGCAAACCAGAAGAUUGUUGAGGCACAAGCUGCAAGGAAGAAGGAAGAGUAUAUGAAUAAUGUGGAACUUGCUCAGAUUUUUAAAGUUGAAUUUAAGAUAGAAAUGGCUAUAGGAUCAUCACUAAAGGCAGUUGCAAUGAAAUCAGCCACAAAGUUAAAGGCAACUUGGCUCAUACUAGACAGGAAAAUGAAAAAUGAUGAGGAGUAUUUCCUCCGGAAGCUUUCUUGUGGUAUAUUAAGAAUAAGGCGUUUCAAUAAAAUUGUACGUUUAAGAGGACCAUUAAAACUUCCCCAAGAAACAAGACCAGGUAGCACCCAUGAAACAUACACUGACAGUAUACCACUACCAGACACUUCAACUGAACCUGAUCUUGAUCAUUCCAGCAUUGAGAUUUCCCCUACAUAUUAUCCUAUGAAACUGGAACAAGCACUGAGACAAGAAAGCCUCCAUGAUGAAGCAGAGUGCUCAACUCCUAAUCAACUGAGCACAGGAGAAAAAGACAUUAGAAACAAGCAAUUGGAAUGUCAAGGAAAAAGUGACCAGCAGUGGAAGGAUGAAGAACUGAUAGAAAGCAGGAACCAUGUGAAAGAAAGGGACCAAAAACUGAAACAGAAAGAGGAAAAUAGAGACAUGACUUGUGUUGGAAGUAACAUGCAAACAACACAUGAAAGCUUAAGCACUGAGGAAUAUCAGAGAAGUGAAAGUUGCUCAUCUCUUGGAGGAGCUAAAAACUAUUACCUUGGAGGGGCUGAAGAAUACACACUGUGUAAACAGUUUUUUGGUUUGAGUAAUUUUCAUUUGAGGGAUUGA